UUCAGUGUUUAUAAAGAAAUCUUGAUUACAAAUUUAAUUUAUUUUUUGAUAAUUGUACAUUUUCCAUUGUCUACUUUGAAUUUUAUUAGUGUACAUUUCCAUAUUACAUGUUAUUCAACCUUGCUAUUUAAUUUUGUACAAGGUAAUGGGAAAAAUGUCUGAGGUUUCCAUUGCAAGCGUGAAAAAUGAGUUGUAAUAAACGAAAUAUAGAAACUGCAUCUAAAAUAAUACAAAAGAAAAAGAAGAGAAAUAAAAGAAAGACAAACAAAAAGAUAAAGAAGCUUUUUGAUAAUUUAAGACAAGACACAAAUUCAUCACAGGGAAGUGGCAGUACAGUUAACAAUGAAACCAAUUCUUCACAUGGAAGUAUUAAUACAGUUAUAGAAAUUGUUAAUUGUGUUGAUGUACCAAAAGAAGAUAUAAACAAUCCAGCCAAAACUGACACUGUUAAUAAAACUCCUAGUAAAGCUCAAAUACCUCGAUCAGACUUAAACACAUGCCCAUUACAAUGCUCUACACCAAAAAAUAAUAUAGCUAACCAGAAUGAAAAUAGAUCAAGCUUUCAUUCAGAUGUUUUAAAUUUAACUAAACAAAUAAAUGACGAGUCCUAUAUAACUAUAGACUUAACAGAAAAUAGCACUUUAGAUGCUACUCAACCUACAAUUAUUGAUUUAGUAGAUGAUUCAAAGUCUAUAGACUCAAAUAUAUCUAUGAGUGGAGACUCAGAGGUGACUGUGGUGAAUGUAAUAUCCAGAAAAAGAAAAAAUAAUCACAUGAAGAAAUUUGUUGAUGGCAUUGGGAAGAUGGAUUCUUCUGCUAGAGGAAAACUGUUAGAGAUCAUUGCUCAGAAAAUCUUUAGUGGCUGUGAUGGACCAAAGAGUUUACAUAGUUUCAGGAAUGGAAUUAAUCACUCAAUUCAAUCAGCAAAAGAUGCUUUCAUAAAAGAAGUAAUACUUCGUCAGGCUCCAUCCAGAAACAGUAUUGGCAGUAAUAUUUAUAAUCCUAGAAAAGAUAUAAAAAAUAAAACAGGUCUGCGUAUGAUUGUUAUAGAUGGAAGUAAUGUUGCUUUGCAACACACCAAGGGUAGAGUGUUUUCUGUACAAGGACUUAAAAUUUGUAUUGAAUACUUUAUAAGACGGGGACAUAUUGUUAAGUCAUUUGUGCCACAGUUUAGAUGUAAGUAUGGCAAAAGUACAGAUGGUAGAUUAUUGGAUCAGAUGGAGAGACAGGGUUAUGUGGUGUAUACGCCUUCUCGGGAAAUACAGGGACGGAUGAUCACGUCAUAUGAUGAUAGAUACAUAGUGCAAUGUGCCGCAGAAUUUGACGGCGUUAUUGUCUCCACAGACAAUUAUAGAGACCUACUGUCAGAAAAUCCAAGAUGGCGAUAUAUCAUAGAGAAUAGACUCUUACAGUUCACGUGGGUCGAUGACAUGAUAAUGUUUCCCAAGGAUCCUUUAGGCAGAAACGGGCCAACAUUGGAACAGUUCUUACGACAUCCGUUGCCAAUUGAAAUAAAAUAAAUUGUAUUUUUUAUUAUUCUGUUCAAAGAAAAUUAACGCAAAAUUUUGUUGUGUCAAGCCUAGUAUUGUUCAAUGAUUUUUGAUCACCACGAAAAAAACCAAAUUUCUGUCUUUUGAAUUUUGUUCAGUACAGCGUUCAAGAUGGGGUUUUUUUGUGGGACUAUUUUAACUGAUGCCUGCAAGAAAGUUGAUUAUUUGUUUUUCAUUCUCAUUUUUUAUUUCUACUAUUGGGCUGUAUGGUUUUCGUCGAAGCUUAAAUUAUCAGUAAAAGAACUUUAAGCGCGAACAAACUUGUAAGAAUUAAACUGAAUUUAUUAAAUACCUAGUGGUGGUCGUGUUUAUAUUUUACACAAAUUUUAAAAUUAUAUGAAAAAACUUACCGAAUAAUUUUAGGAUAUUGUGUUCCAAAUUUAAAAAAAAAAUAGUAAGACAAGGAAUCUAAAGACUGAAAGUAUUUAAUACUUUUAUAUUUUUCUUAUCUUUGUCUUUUGUUUGUUGAAGUUAGAUUUUUUAUUAGUGAUACAUUUUGGAUUUUGCGUGAGGUUUACAAUUUUUCAUACAAAUAUUUCAUAAUUUAAUUACUCAGCAGAACCACUAUUUACUGAAGAUCUGAAAGUGGGAUAAUGUUUGCUUGUGUAAGCUUCGAAACUACAUUUUACCUAUAUUUGGUACAAAAAUUAUUGUGAUUAUUAUAUAGUGAUAAGGUAGUUGUUUCUAUUUUUAUAUGCUUUAGAAAUAAAAAAAAACUCAUAAUUAAUAUAAAGUAAUUGUUGGUACUCAAUUAUUUUAAUUAAUGUCAGUGGAAUUUAAUUUCAGUUAAAUUAAAGUCACUGGAUGAGCUGAUUCAGUAAAUUUAUUUUUAUUGAUCUCAUUGUAUCUCCUAAUUUUCUACGAUCACCAGUUAACAUAGGUAUAGGAAUUUUUGAUUUUAAUAAAAAUAGAAAAACUACGUCUUGUAUAUAAAUAGUAGUCAAGUUGGUUUAAGCAUCAGGUAUAUGUUCGUGAGGCAAUUAUAGUAGUCCUCGAUGUUUAUGAAAAUGACGUUAGCUCAUGGUCACGUGACCAUUUCUAUAAAAAUUCAAUUUGUGUCAACAGACCAACCUUUCGCAAAGCAAGUAUGCCGAGGGCACAAAAUUCCUUGUUCUUGAUGCACAAAUAUUCAAGUUCUGUAUAUCAACUUGAGAAUCGACAAAGGGGAUUUUCAGUAACAUAAUACUUGUACGAAUAUAAUAUGAGAGCCGCCUACUAUCUGGCGUUAUUUCUAUUAAAAUUCUAAUAAAUGUAAAUAGUUUUAAUUUUCGUUAAUUUGUUUAAAAAUUUAAAAGAAAUACAUUAUUUUCCUAUG